CAAUAUCACUAACCACGCUCGCUCCUGAUCCAAUAUCCACUAACCACGCUCGCUCCUGAUCCAAUACCACUAACCACGCUCGCUCCUGAUCCAAUAUCACUAACCACGCUCGCUCCUAAUCCAAUAUCACAAGCACUAACCACGCUCGCUCCUGAUCCAAUAUCACUAACCACGCUCGCUCCUGAUCCAAUAUCACUAACCACGCUCGCUCCUGAUCCAAUAUCACAAGCACUAACCACGCUCGCUCCUGAUCCAAUAUCACAAGCACUAACCAGGCUCGUUCCUGAUCCAAUAUCACCAACACUCAGUAUCACCUUCCACCUUUGUCUUAACUGCCCACUGCGGCCUGCCGCCACCUGACUUGAACAGAAAACAAUAUCGCAUCAUUCUUUGAAGCAAAAUAUUUUUUUGUAGUGUGGGAAUAUUAAAUUAAAUCUUGUUUAUUACAAAAGUAUAUAAUGAAGUUUAGCGUAAUAAUAGUGGUAUACUGGGUGGUAGGUGUGCAGGACGCAUCACAAGGGUUAUUGGUAGUGGAGAGGAAGGGGUGGGGUGGUCGGGUGCCAUGGUCGGAGCUAGAGCGGUGGUCAGGUGGUCGUGGUGGGCGUGCGUCAGUGUGUGGAACACCAUGCGUGUGUGUGGUGCAGAGUGAUGGCCAACUACUGGUGGACUGCUCUAUGGCACAGACCAGCGCAGACGUGGCGAGUAGCUUUACUAGCCCUCCUCCGAUGUUGGCUGACUACAAGAAUGCCACGGUGCGCCUCGUUCUCAUGAGCUCCGAACUGCUCGGCCUCGACGACCACUCCUUCAACAACCUGAGUUUUACGCAUAUCCAUGUCAAGUACAACCAUGCGCUGGCCCGCCUGGCGGAGAAGGCCUUCUGGUCUUCCCGUGCCACCCUUCGUGUGUUAGAUUUGCGAAACAACAACAUCACUAUGUUCCCGCUAAUUAACCUCAAAGUGUUCCAGCAGUUACAGUUUAUCUCCCUGGAUGACAAUGGGUUGAGUGAAGUGCCAGCGGGGGUCUCCGAGCUGCCCGCCGUCCUCCACCUCAGCAUCUCCAACAACCGUCUCCACACCCUCCACCAGUUCGCCCUCACUUCCCUACCUUCCCUUCAGUUCCUUGACCUCCAUUCAAACCGCCUGGAAUAUCUACCCCCACAACUGGCCCUCCUGUCUGCAUUACGCUCCCUCAUGUUAUGGGGAAACCCUAUUACCACCCUGCCACAAGGGUCUUUCCAUGGGUUGAGAAGUCUGGAGUAUGUUGAUCUGAGUUACACGAAUGUAAUAGAGGUGGGCAUAAGCAGCAUGGAAACACCCACCUCAGCCCCAUGGUUCCUCAGCUUCCGUCACACCCCUAUUACUAAGCUUAGUGAGACAGCUUUUCAUAAUGGGUCUCUACCGAGCUGGGUGGACCUGAGAGAAACAGGGCUGCAAAGCCUUGACCAGGCCUUCUUCCAGCCUCUCCUGCAACAUAUGGCCCAACAAAAUAUUGUCCACAAUGACUGGGGAAAACCUCAACUCUGGAUACACAAUGAAGAACUGGCAUGUGACUGCAGCAUCAAGUGGCUGGUUACCAACACGACUCUCCUCAAUCAUGUGUCAGGCCGAUGUAACGACAAGAAUAUAAACAUGCGUUUUCUAGAUCCGGAUUAUUUCAACAUCUUUUGCUUCUAGUUAUGAAUUUCAGUUAUCAUACCUUUUAGUUCAUGAAAAGGCCACAGAUAAUACUCAUAUCAUACUCCCACCUUAUAUCAUAUACUCUGUACAAUAUUUGGUGCUUUUCAGCUCUUUGAGAGUAAUAGCUUUCAUUAGCCUUCAUAGAGCUUAUUUAGUAAUGUUAAACAGACAAAUAUUUCUAUAAAGUAGGUGCACAACUUAUGUGCAAGUUAAAUUCCCAUUGUUUCAACUUAAAAGCAAGUUGUUUUACUGGCAUUUCAGCUUGUGAACACGUUGCAAUCCCGGUGUUUCAACUUAGGAACGAGCUUUUUGUAACCCUGAACCUAUUACACUAUAGAAAAUGGUAGCAGAGGACUACAGAUGGUGGUUGUGUCAUACAUGUUCAAAACAGUAGAUUAGAAUUCAUAAAACAGUUCUGAAUAUGUCUUUUACUUCUUGUUUAUGAAUCAUCAUAAUUCUAGCAUUUGUGAUUCAGGGACACCCUAUAUAAUAAGAAUAUCAUCUAGCAAAUAACUGCAAGUCUUAAUAAAAUCCUUUUUAAUCACUACUUCCUUCCUUCCCUUCCUUGAGAGAGUAACUUCAUCAAGAAGCUUCCCUGUACUCAUUUGUGGUUGUAGGGGUCGAUACUCAGAUCCUGGCCCUGCCUCUUAAUUUGCCACUCUUCAGAUUCACUCCCUCUUAGCCGCAUGAGAUCUUAAAACUGUGUAUGAAGCCUGCCUCCUCCACUUCCUCGCCAAGAUCAUUCCACUUCCCAAUUACUGUGAGACAGAAAAAAUACAUCCUAACAUCCCUGUGGCUUAUCUGUGCCUUUAACUUCAAAUGGUGUCUCCAAGUUCUUGUUUCUCGCCUCUCAAACAGCCUAUCCCUCUCAACCUUACCAAUUUUUAUGAGUAUUUUCUGUUGCUAUCAUGUUUUACCCUGGUUCCUCUGUCCUCUAAUGGCUUUAGGUCUAAUUCCAUUAGUCUCUUCCCAUAGUUCAUGCCCCUUAGCUCAGGAAUAAGCUAAGUUGCAUAUUUCUGCACAUUCUCCAGUUUCUUAACAUGCUUUUUCAGGUGCAGGCUCCAUGUUUGUGCUGCAUACUCCAAGAUGGGCCUAAUGUACCAGUAUGUUGUAUAGAGGGCCCAGAAUGAAUCUACUGACAUUCCUGAAGGCUACUCUUAGAUUUGCAAGACAAGUACAUACUGACUGCAGAGGUUAUUAAGCUAAUGUGAAUCUUUGGCAUUAUACUGGGCAUUAUGCUCACCCUUAGGUAUUUUUCCGCAGCCUCAUUUCUGGUCUUCUUCCUUCCCCAAUCUUCAUGGGACUGAAUUAAAUCAACCACUUAUUUGACCACUCUUGAAAUUUGUACAGAACCUUUGGAGCCUUUACUUGUUCUUUUUUUUUUUUUUUUUUUUUUUUCAACAAGUCGGUCGUCUCCCACCGAGGCAGGGUGACCCAAAAAAAAGAAAGAAAAUCCCCAAAAAGAAAAUACUUUCAUCAUCAUUCAACACUUUCACCACACUCACACAUUAUCACUGCUUUUGCAGAGGUGCUCAGAAUACAACAGUUUAGAAGCAUAUACGUAUAGAGAUACACAACAUAUCCCUCCAAACUGCCAAUAUCCCAAACCCCUCCUUUAAAGUGCAGGCAUUGUACUUCCCAUUUCCAGGACUCAAGUCCGACUAUAUGAAAAUAACCGGUUUCCCUGA